GGCCCAGGCACCCAAACGCUGCCCGUGCGUCAAAGUCCCGAGCGCCGCUCUCAUUGGCCAGGCCGAGCCGAAGCGAGGCGCACCAAAACAUCGCGGGGAGGGACCUGAGUUCUCUCGAGAGUUCGCCUGAAGCUGGCACCGCCAUGUUGGAGUAGGGAGAGGCCACAUCCCGCUGAUGUCCUCCUUUCAGGGUUUUCAAAUGUUUAUUAUUUGUUCCGAGAAGAACGCAAAGGCCUCUCUGAGGUCUUAAGGGCGGCGAGGCCUAUCCUCUUGUUUGCCAACUCCCGCCAAAAAACAGAAACAAAGCGAGGAUCGGCAACGAGAGGAUGGUGCAGUCCUGCUCUGCCUACCGUUGCCGGAAUCGAUACGACAAAGAGAAGCCAAUUUCUUUCCACAAGUUUCCUCUCACAAGGCCCGAUCUCUGCAAGAAAUGGGAAGCUGCAGUGAGAAGAAAAAAUUUCAAACCAACGAAGUAUAGCAGCAUUUGUUCUGAACACUUUACUCCAGAUUGCUUCAAAAGGGAAUGCAACAACAAGCUCCUAAAAGAUAAUGCUGUGCCGACAAUAUUUUGCCACACAGAAGUAAACGUGAAGGCUGAUUUGGGAGACUGUGAGGAACAAGUACAGGCGCAGUCUGAAGACAGCCAAGAACCAGUUGCCAUACAAGCUCCUUCUUCUCCUUCACCACCACCACUGCCGCAAACUGACCCAAGACUAGUAGAUCCAAGCAUUGGAUUAUUAAUGCCCCCGCUCCACACUCCCAAUAAUAUUGCUGUUUUUUGUGAUCACAAUUAUACUGUCGAAGAUACAGUUCAUCAACGGAAAAGAAUUCAGCAACUGGAAGAGCAGGUGGAUAAACUGAGGAAGAAGCUUAAAACUGCACAGCAGCGGUGUAGGCGUCAAGAGAAACAGAUUGAAAAACUGCGGGAGCUUGUUCAAUUUCAGAAGGAAAAAGAUGCGUUGUCGGGCAAAGGAGGCUAUGUGAUUCUGCCUAAUGACUUUUUUGAAAUUGUAGAAGUACCAGCCUAGGAGGCUAAGAUCUAUAUUUAUGGGGCACUGCCAAAUUUAGCCUCAUCAGACUAACUCAAGAUCAGUUUUAAAAUGCAAUGCUCUAUUCUGUGUAUAAACUAUUUCACCCCAACAGAACAAUAAUAAAAAUGCUAUAUAAUUUU